UCCGGGGCUAUGCGCGUGCGCACUGAGUGAAGGCGGAGCCGAACCCAGCGGCCUCGCCCCCUUCUCCCAGAAUGCUCUUUCGGCGUCACUUCCGACUUGGCGGGGUAUUCGAACGUCCCGCGCCUUCCGCGGCCGACAGUGGUUUUGUUUCGGCGCGCGAGCAGCUCGAGAUGUCGGCGAGACGGAGCCGGAGCCGCAGCCGCUCCGGGGCCGCGGGGGAGCGGGGCGGCAGCGAGGCGAGGCCCUCCGACCCCGCGUCCCCGCCUCCUCCUGCUCCCGGACUGCGGAGGUCCCAGCGGAAAUCCGGCUCGGCGCCCGAAGGCCCUCCCCAGAUCCAGUCCCGCCUUCCCCCACCUGCCGCGCCUUCCACCCUUACUGACCAGCCCCUGACCCCUUCUGCCGUCCAGCCUUCUACCCCGGCCCCUCGGAAGACCAUCGCCCUGAGGAAGAUCGUACCCCCGACCACUGAGGUCUCCAGCCCCGCGGUCCAGAAACGCGCCGGUCCGCAGACCCCCGAGGCAGCGCCCCCUGGAGCCAGAAAGCCCCUUACAGGGAAGAAGCUGGUGGCCAGGACCAAUGAGACCCCCUCCUCUCAGGGCCGAAAGUCCGAAGCCAAAAAGAAGGUGUCCCCGUAUACAAAGAUUACACUGCUGGAGAAGGAGAACGCUCCCCCUCUACAGGAAAGUGCCCUCCCCCGUGAAGAUGGCUCUCUCUUCAGCCCAGGCCCAGCUCUGGAAAUGACCACCACAGUGCUAGGCCCUCUGAGCCCCAGUGCCGGCACCAGACCCAGCCUCAUGGAUGCCAGGGAUCUGGAGAUGUCCAAGAAGGUUCGGCGUUCUUACAGCCGGCUUGACGAUCUCGGCUCUGGCUCCACCUCAACGCCGAACUAUCGCCGCCGCUCCUUCUUUGGCUUUGAAAGGCUGCUCUUGGGAGAGGAGCUGGAGAACGUCUCCCCCGUGGGGAAGAAGGAGUUGAAAAGCCAAGCGGUCGCCCCCAUAGCGGAGCCCUGGGGGCCAGAUUCCACCCUCCCUGGCAUCACCAUGACCAAGGAGAAGCGCCGCAAGAGGAAGGUGCCCGAGAUCUUGAAAUCGGAGCUCGAUGAGUGGGCUGCGGCCAUGAAUGCCCAGUUUGAGGCUGCCGAGAAGUUUGAUCUCCUGGUGGAGUGAGGUAGAUGAAGAGGGGAUCUCUGGACUGGACUGCGCCCUCCCUGUACAUAGCAUCCCUCCCCUCUUCCCCCGCUCCUAGGAACCCAGACUGCUGUCGUUGACUGCCUUCGUCGCCCCGUGGGGACACGCGCCUUCUGCUGCUGGCUCUCGCCUUCUGGCUGCCCCUGGACUUUCUUUGUCAGUGGGGGGCCUGGCGGGGGGCGGGGGGGGGCAAUCGUUGGACUGCCAUGCUAACCUCUUGUUUUGCUUAGCUGCCACCACGUGGACCGGGUCCUGAGGAGCCUCAUUACCCCCUUCCCAGGUCUUAUCCAGGAAGAAUAAACGUGGCAUUUGGAAAACAUGAAAGUGAUGGGAGGCUCUGGGAAGCGAGCCCUGGGGGGCCUGCUGCUCAUCCCUGCGGCUGCACUCAGUGUCUCCCGCUCCUCAGCUACCUUUCCUAUGGUCCCGACCAGUUUCCCUGGGGGUGGGGAGGCCUUGCCGUUGUCCCUAGGAGGUAGGAACAGGUCCCACAGCUGAGCCACUCCCCGCGGGGGACCAGGCUGCUGAGGUCAACAGGCACACCUUUGGUGGGGACGUGGCUUGGUCUCCAUAGGCCCAGCCCUCCGGACAGAUGGGUUGGGUUGAGGUCAAUUGCCCCUCUUGGAUGAACCUCCCAAGGGAAGGUUUGAAGAGAGGGAGGGCCUUGGGACUGGGUGGUGAGCUCCUUCCAGGCCACAGCUAGUGUCCCAGGAGCAGAAGGGGGACUGCUGAGCUCACUGGCCUGUUCUGUCAGGUGCCCGAGGGAGGAGGGUGGGGGUGACUGCUUUCUCCACCUGACCACCAGGCGGCACUGCCUGCCCUUCCACCUGGUGACCUUAUAGCAUCAGCCUAGGCCAGUGGGGUCAAACUCAACCAGAAACAUCCAAAUCGACGUUACUGAUGUUUUAUCUUUUAAGUGUUUCUCAAUUUAUUUUAAUCACAUGCAGUUUUGUGAUGCCUGCCAAAGCCAAGGAUGGCCAGAGGCACCAAGGCCACCUUAGCUGUGGCUCAGCUGCUCACCACAUCGUUUUCUCCUGUCCCUGGGACCUAGGUCAAGCAUCACUGGCUUAUAGAGGGGACCAUCAAGCACAUGGAGAUGCAGACCAUGAGUGCCCGGGCCAGAGGCAACAAGCAUCAUUUAGAGACCCCAUCAAUAGGAAGGGCUUCCCUCUUCCCCAAUGGGCUCCGUGUUGUAAUUGUUGGGAGAUGGUGGAGGUUUUGUUUUAA